CCGCCCUCGCACCCACGCACCGCUGUCCGUCCGUGUUUCCGGUUCCGGUAGGCCGAGUUUGGUUGCGCUGUGUCCGGCAUGUGUGAGGCGGUAGGGCCCGUGUGUCGAUCGCCAUAGACAUCGCGGCGGUGCCUGCUGCUUCUCCACCGCCACCAGCCGCUCAGCAUGGCCGAGCGGGAUGACAAGAGCCUCGACGAUUUCUUCGCCAAGAGGGACAAGAAAAAGAAAAAAGACAAAACCAAAGUGACCAAAGGAGGGGCGGCGGCAGCGCCAGCGCCCAGCGGGCCGGCCAAGGCCGCGGUGUCGCCUGACUCCCCGGCCCCCGCUCCGGACACGACCGCGCCCGCCGCUUCCCUCACACCGGUGACUGCUCCCGCCGAAACGGCGCCAGUGACAGUCCCCGCCGCCUCCAAGAAAGGCCGGAAGGAGAAGGAGAGGGCGGCGAAGAGCGAGUGUCAGGAUCCGCAGCAGGAGAGGGAGGAUGAAGAAUGGAAGGAGUUUGAGCAAAAGGAAGUUGAUUAUAGUGGCUUGAGGAUCCAUGCCUUACAAAUCAGUGAUGAAAGAGAGGAAGAAGACGAUGAGAAGAAAGAUGAUCAAAGUGAGGAUGGUGAGAAUGUCUUGUAUAGAGAUGGAGACGAGCUCGCCGGACCUUGGAACAAGAUGACACAAAUUCCAGCACCUCCUGUUGUGGUUGCAGAAGUCCCAGAAUCAAAGCCAUCUGGCGUCUAUCGACCUCCUGCAGCCAGAUCGGGUAAUGUGCGAAGAACACAAUCACAAGGACCACCAGAGAUUUUCAAUGAUGCGCAGUUUCCAUCCCUACAAGCUUCUGCAAAGCAUAUAGAAACUAGAAAAGAUAAAGAAAUGGAAAAGACCUUUGAGAUGGUGAAAUACAAAAACAGAGCCAGGGAGGAUGGUUCUAAAAGUCAGUCCGUUCAGCUAGAACUUGGCAACCAGUUUGCUGUUCUUGGGGAGCAGUAAUAUUGGUGCAUGUUUUACAGACUGGUGCUCUGUAUUUCAUCCCAGGUAACUAAUCUACAUGGAUCCCAUUUGUCUUCACCCCACAAUGCCAGAAAAAAAGUUUGAUUGAUCUGGUAUAGACUUCUUCGGACACUGAGGCAUCUGCAAGACAUCAUGGGAAUUUUAAGCUUGAAGCACAAUAACUGCUGUCAUCUACUAUGGACUGGAAUUGAUAUAAGGGUUUGAAUGAAGUGUCAGUUACUCUUGGAGUGACAUUUUUGGAUAAAGAUUAAAAAUGCAGCCAUUAAGUGGUCCAUUUGUUUAUAGUCCUGCUUCCUAUUUGAAUGUUGAGCCUCUGCAAGGUGACUACCUCAGUUUGACAGAGAGAACUGUGGACACCAUUUUGACUGUACCUCCUUUGCCACCUCAAUUUUGCAACCAUUUUUCUUUAAAAGGAGUACUACAACACUGUAGUUGACUAUUUCAGAAUAUUAAACUAAAUUCCUGGGAGCAGAAAGAGAAAUCGUCUAUCAGUCUACAAAUUGAACUUGAGAGACUGCGCAACUUCUAAGUGCCCUUACCUUAAAAACCAGUGCGGUAUCCAUUAAAACAUCUGCUUUUCACGCUGGGGCUAAGAGGCUGCAUGCAAAGGCUUGGACUGCAUCGCUUUCCUGCAUAAGAUCAUUCUCCAUGUGUGCAUUAUGAUGGCAGUGAGCUGUAAUCUGCUUCACCACUCUAGCAUCCUCUUCCAGAGCUCUCUGAUGCUAGCAGGACCAUAGUCUGAUUUGAAUCUAGGCCGCACUUCAUACUUCAUAGCUUUAUGUUGAGCUUUGUAAGUGACGUCAUCUAUAAACCGCACAAUCCUCUGAUUUUCAACCUGCUAAGAACUGUAGAAAACUAAAAUGGUCACCAGCAGUUAAAUACCAUCCCUGGAAAUAUGGAAUUGAAAAGAGGGCUUUGCAACAGUGUUCUUAUUUGAAUUAUUUGUAUAAUAUCACCUGAACAAUCAAUCUAGUGCUUGUUACAUGUGACAUUAAUGAUGACACUUGUCAAUGAACCUCUGGAGGUUGAACUUAACUCAUCCAAUUUUUGUGUAUUUAUGUAAUUAACUAUUAUGAAACCUUAACUUGGGGCUGGGGAAAAUAAAGUUUAAGGUUACAGUUUAAAGAAACAGCUGUACAACUAUUUAUGAAGACUUUUUGGUACAGUAUUUUCUUAAGGUUCUGGUUUUAAGAUCACUUUUAAAAUUGGGCAUAAAUGUGCAUCUUAGGCCCUGACUAGUUGCAUUUUCAAAUUUUCUUCUUUUUGGCUUGCAAUAAACUUGAUUCUCUGUUCAAGAACUAACAGCAACACUUUACUCAGAGUAGGCAUCAUUGGGUUGUUUUACAAUGCACACUUGGAACCUAUUUUGUGCUUUACAAAUAGAACAGCAGCUAUUGUCUGAACAUGUUUGAAUCCUGGGCAUGUAUUAUGGCUGUACUGGAGAAAACAAAAUUGAAAUAAAUCAAUAAAGCUGCAA